CCCAGUAUAAAAGCACCUAUUAAAAUUUUAGGGUUCUCCAACUUCGGCGCGGGCUCCUCCGUUCACACGCUUCCUCUCCUCUGCAACUCCUUCCGCUUCGAAUCCGAUGGCGCCAAAGAAGGAGAAGGCCCCUCCUCCAUCUUCCAAGCCCGCUAAGUCUGGAGGUGGUAAACAGAAAAAGAAGAAGUGGAGCAAGGGAAAGCAGAAGGAGAAGGUGAACAACAUGGUGUUGUUUGACCAGGCCACCUACGACAAGCUUCUCUCUGAAGCUCCCAAAUAUAAGCUCAUCACUCCUUCCAUUCUGUCUGAUAGAUUGAGGAUUAAUGGAUCACUUGCAAGGAAAGCAAUCAGGGAAUUAAUGGCAAGAGGUUUGAUCAGGAUGGUAUCUGCCCACGCAAGUCAGCAAAUCUACACUAGGGCUACCAAUACCUAAAUUUGCAUUUUUGUUGUGUUUUUAAUUUUUUCAUCAUAGUCAGCCAACAUUUUAAUUUAGGUAAUAUUUUUGUUUGGUUGUGUCGGAAUCAAAUACCCUCACUUGGUUUUGUAUUGUGACAAUCAUGGUUAUUUGGUUUUAGUUCGUUAAAAGGUAUUUUUUAGAAUUCC